CUCAUUCAUCCACAAGCUACUAUCCUUAUAAAGUGCUCCCACUACCGCCACCCAGCAUGGUCAAACUCACCAGCCUAUCAUGCCUGAUAGGCUUCGUGACCCUCGCAGCCAAUGCAGCACCCUCCGCACAUAUCGCUCCCUCAGCAUCCUCAGAUAAGCAGCUCAGCGCAGGUCGCAAGAUCGUAGAUGCCACUCCUCGUCACUACAAUAGCAAUGUCAAGUCUCACACAUUCGUCGCUUACCCAGACAACAAGAGCAUCGUCACCCGCGGGCUCCAGCCAGCGGAUGCAGCCGUCAAGCUUGCUACCAGCCUGAUAAGCGCAGCCAAGGGAGCGCCCAGCCACCGCUUCGAGGUCAGGGACGACUCCUACUUUGAUGAGUCGCACGGGCUCCACCACAUCUACCUCAAGCAGUCUAUCCACGGACUUCCCAUCCACAAUGGUGGCCUUCAUGCUGUUGUCUCCGAAAAUGGCGAGGUCCUGAGUUAUUCGCACAACCUCUACACUGGGCCGGAGCCAGAGCUGCCCAGCAAUGCUGCUCCCCUGAGCACCUGUCAAGGCGCAGUCGCUGGCAAGCGCUCGCAGAUGACCUUCACUGCGCCGACCGUCAACAGCGUGCUCAGCGCUGAUGCCGCCCUCUAUGGCUUCAUGGCUGUCGCGAGCCCAGACCCAACUAUGUCAUUUGCCUUCUCGGAGGUAGCGCAGGCCAGCCACAAGGCAUCGUAUCUGUCGUCGCCCAUCGAUGCCAUUCGGUCUCACAAGAUCUCUGGCGUCCCCACCACGACUGGAGACAUCGCAGCCAGCUUCGCUUACGUCCUUGACAGCAACGAUUGCCUGUUACUGACUCAUCGCUUCGAAGUUCCCAUGGAGGACAACUGGUACGAGACCUAUAUUGACGCCCUGAGUGGCGAGGUUCGUACGGUAGUCGACUGGGUGUCCCCUGGAAGCGCCAGCAAAUUCUCACUCGCCCGCCCAGACUUUUCUUCUUACGGGGCUCCUAUCGUCAGCAAAGUAGAGCAAGGAUUGAGGGCUGCCUUUGACAGCGUGCUGCACGUAGCCGAUGAGGUCGUCGCCCAGCUCACUGCUCCCUCUGACGAGGAAGAAGAGACAAAGGAGCCCAGCUACCGCGUCUUCCAGUGGGGUGAGAAUGAUCCUUCUGAAGGCAAACGAAGUUACGAGAGCGCUCGCCACGAUCCCGAGGUAUCGCCCUUUGGUUGGCACGCCUUCCCUUCUAGUCGCAAGCCAUUUGACGUCUCUAGCGACAAGGGUAUCUACAAGGAUGGCAACCUGACCAAGUUCAAGGACACCCGUGGCAACAACGUCUUUGUGUCGUGGGGCGGAAAGUCUAGCGAUGACGCUUGGUCUCUGACCCUCCCUCGACCGCAGGGUGAGGUGAUCAACGGAUCGCGCCACUUUGGCUACCCAUACCCCUGGCGCAAGUUUGACCUCGCCCACGAACCCCUCGACCCCAAGAACUACUCCCUGGCCAGUCAGACGCAGCUCUUCUACACCAUCAACGAAUACCACGACCUCCUUCACCACUACGGAUUCGAUGGCGCUGCCGGCAACGGAGAAGAGUACUCCGAAAAGGGCAAAGAUGGAGAUGCGAUCAUUGCCUUUGCUCAGUCUGCAGCUGGUCUGAACAAUGCUGACAUGGCCACUCCUCCCGAUGGGUACAGAGGACGCAUGAGGAUGUACUCCUGGUCGGGUCAACCUAUGCGUGACGGCUCGUUCGAGAGUGGUAUUGUCCUGCACGAGUACACCCACUUCGUAUCGACCCGUUUGACCGGAGGCCCGUCGGACUCUUCUUGCUUGGGCUAUGGAGAAGCUGGUGGCAUGGGCGAGGGAUGGGGCGACAUCAUCGCCACCAUGGCCCGAGAUCGCAACGGCUCGACUCUAGCCUUUAGCAUGGGUGAAUGGGCCAGCAACCACACUGGCGGUAUCAGGCGAUGGCCAUACUCCCGCAACAUCACCCUCGACCCCGACACCUACGAGACUCUGAACAAGCCAGGCUACUGGGCAGUCCACCAGAUCGGAUCCGUCUGGGCCACCAUUGUCCUCGAUGUGGUCGACCAUGCCAUGGAGGAGCUGGGCUUCACCGCCGACCUCUUCCCUCCUGCCAAGGAUGCCUCCAAGGAAGCCCACCACAAGUUCUACCUCUCGGAAGAAGAGUUGAGCUCGCUCCCCGGUGUCAAGCCGCGCAAGUCCAAGAAGCCCGUACCUCGCCACGGCAACACGCUACUGCUUCAGCUGCUCAUUGACGGCAUGAAGCUCCAACCUUGUCGACCGGACUUCCUCGCUGCGAGGGAUGCCAUAAUAAAAGCCGAUGAGAUCCUCUCGGGUGGAGCUAACGAGUGCUUGUUGAAACACGCCUUCGCCAAGCGCGGGCUCGGUGCGGAUGCACGCGUCAUUGGCUCCACUCCUUGGGGUGGAGGCAUUAGGACGAAUGGACACGAGGUCCCGUCCUACUGUAAUGGCACCCAUCACAAGUAGAUAGAGGGGAAAGCCCUGAGAGCAUGACGUGUACAAGUAAUGGUUCCAUGCCUACCAUGCUUUCCAUGCUUUCCAUGCUUACUAUGCACAACUGCGCAUUGUCCACCCUGCGCGUAUCUAUGACGUGUCAAGCCCAUUAGAUCUAGAUUCAUUCUGUAACAGUGUCAUGUCCUACCAUGCGAGUAUGUAUGGCUGUAUGAUCGUCAAGAUGCCUAGGUCUACCAUGCUACAUUGCGCAUUGCUCGCCAUGCGCGUAUCUAUGGGACGUCGAUCGUGCUGCGUCUACCCUGUCAUAUUCUGUACUGUCCACCCUGCACUCAAUCCAAAUUGUCUCGAAACCUCAUUCCUCCUGUGACUG